UAAAGAAACAUUAGGCGUCGCAUGGCUAUGACGUCGCCAAGACCCGUAUCGGGUAGCGUGGUCUACGCAUGCGUAUUACUAGGGUUGUAGAAGUGGGUAGCAGUGCUUGUGCUAUCUGUUACUGCUGAAUAGCAUGGAUUUUCAGACGGGAGAUUUGGUGUGGGCAAAGAUGAAAGGUUACCCUCACUGGCCAGCAAGGGUGGACAGAAAACCUGACGAAGAAAGCAAGAAAAACAAGAAGUUCAAAGUGUUUUUCUUUGGCACUCAUGAAAUUGGUUACUUGUCAGGCAAGGAGUUAUUUUCAUUUGAAGACCAUAAGACUAAAUACAACAAGCCAUUGAAGAACAAGGGUUUUCUGGAAGCAUUAAAUGAGAUUGAAAAUAACCCAGAUAUUGAGGAUCCAAAUGAGCUGUCUGACGAGGAUGGAAGCAGUGGCAAUGAGGACUACCAACAGGAGAAACAGGUACUACAUGUUGUUAGUAUGAGAUUUAUAGCGACAGCAAUGUGUCUUUGUUAUACGAAAGUAUCUUGUUACUCAUGUUAUUGCACAUUAAUUGUUGCAGCAGUCAAAAAUUAUUGUUUAGCUUAA